AUGUUCUCUGCAAUGUUUCUGUCCCUCUUCAUGCUCAGUCUCCUCUCUGGUGUUCAAGCAGAUAAGACCCUCCGUUUAGCGCUCUCCGGUCCAGAAGAGGUCCACAAUGUUGACAACUUUGCUGUCGUCGCGAAGGUUACCAAUACCGGAUCUGAGACUAUCAGGCUUUACAAGGACCCCCAUUCAGCAAUUGAUGACUUUCCUGAGAAUACAUUCACAGUAACAAGUGAGGAGGGCGACACACCCGAAUUUAUUGGCGCAAAGGUCAAAUGGAGCUACAAGGCUGCGACCGAGUUUAUCACACUUGCUCCAGGCGAGAGUCACGAGGUCACCCAUCAGCUCGGCGACGCCUACAACUUUUCUAAACGAACCACUUAUGCCAUUACGCCACAGGCCACCUUGUAUGCUCUACCCUCUGGCAAGAAUCCAUAUCCAGUUCCUAUCGUCGCCAGCAUGCCCGAGGCAAAGCAUACCGCCAAGCUCAGCGGGAGCCUCAUCUCGACUGUCGUCGCCAAACGCAAUCUCGAGCACGCAGAGUUUCUCCAAGCGCGUUCACUGGAGAAGCGAAUCUCGUUCAGUGGUGGAUGUACGGCCUCCCAAAGGACCACGAUCAAUACUGCAGCUACCAAUGCACUCAAGUACACCACAGGCGCCGUCUCCUAUCUUUCAGGCUUUGCCAGGACGAAGAGAUACCGUACAUGGUUUGGCGCUUACACCAUUUCGAACAAGAACAAAGUCUUGGACCAUUUUAAGAAGAUCCAGUCUGGUAAUCCAAAGUCGUACAAAUACGACUGUGCUUGCGUCCGUGAUGGUGUUUUCGCCUACGUCUACUCAGCAACAUUCGGUACCGUCUAUCUCUGCCCGGCAUUCUGGGCUGCACCAGCACUUGGAACAGAUUCUAAAGCAGGGACUAUUGUCCACGAGUCUAGCCACUUUAAUCGCAACGGUGGCACGGACGAUUAUGCGUAUGGUCAAGUGGCUGCUGCUGCGCUCGCUGUCAGCAAUCCCAAACAGGCAAUUAUGAACGCCGACUCGCAUGAGUACUUUGCAGAGAACACACCCGCUCUCCCAUGA